ACCUCUCAAGGUUGCCGUAAAUUCUACGGGUCGGUGAUUUCCAACUACAUUUCCCCUCACCCGGCUUCCUUUGCAGCGGCAUAGGCACCACGUGACUUGGCUUUAACUAGAGGUUUUCAGCAGCAUUUCUUUGCGCCUAUCAUCCAGGGCCCAAUUUUCCCAUCACGGCCCUCCCUGCAACGGCUCCGGGACAUUUUCAGAGAGAUCUUCAAAGCUCCUGUUCUCAGAGAAGCCCAGGAAAGGGGCUGUUUUGUGUUCACCGUGUACGUGGGCUUUAUGAAGAAAAACAAAAACAAAACCGUGUGGCCCUAUGUGAACGAGUUAUACUGGACCCAGAUUUGGUGGGAAAAGCAGCAAAGUGAAGUCUACUCAAGGAGCUCCUAGGAGUAAUUUGGCCAAUUCCAUGUCAGAGCGACAAACAUUCAAGAGCCCCUACUAGGUGCCAGGCUUUGAGUUAGACGUGGUGGGUAACAAGAAAAAUAAAGCAAGGUCCCUGCUAUGAAGGUAUUCAGUCUAAUGGGAAAGACAGACAUCCGGGUUCAAAGUGCACGCUGGAGCAAAAGUCAUCCGGGAAGGCGCUGUUUAACCUGAGUUGCAGCCACCUAAAUCUUGCUGAAAAGGAAUAUUUUGGAUUAGAAUUCUGUAGCCAUUCUGGAAAUAAUGUCUGGUUGGAGAUACUGAAGCCCAUUACAAAGCAAGUAAAAAAUCCUAAGGAGGUUGUUUUCAAAUUUAUGGUGAAAUUUUUCCCAGUGGACCCCGGACAUCUUCGAGAAGAGCUUACAAGGUAUCUUUUUACUCUUCAAAUAAAGAAGGAUUUGGCUCUAGGAAGGCUUCCAUGCAGUGACAACUCUACAGCGUUGAUGGUAUCUCACAUCCUACAAUCAGAACUGGGAGACUUUCAUGAAGAAACAGAUAAGAAACAUCUGGCACAAACCCGAUACUUACCGAACCAAGACUGUUUAGAGAGCAAGAUCAUGCACUUUCAUCAGAAGCACGCCGGCAGGAGCCCGGCUGAAUCGGACAUUCUGCUACUGGAUAUAGCAAGGAAGCUGGAUAUGUACGGCAUCAGGCCUCACCCCGCCAGUGAUGGCGAAGGGAUGCAGAUCCACCUGGCUGUUGCUCACAUGGGAGUAGUGGUGUUACGGGGAAAUACAAAGAUCAAUACUUUCAACUGGGCUAAAAUCCGCAAGUUGAGUUUUAAGAGAAAGCAUUUUCUCAUCAAACUUCAUUCCAACAUUUUGGUGUUGUGCAAGGACACCUUGGAGUUCACCAUGGCCAGCCGAGAUGCCUGCAAGGCUUUCUGGAAGACUUGUGUGGAGUACCAUGCUUUUUUCAGACUUUCUGAAGAGCCCAAAUCAAAGCCCAGAACCCUACUCUGCAGCAAGGGCUCCAGUUUCCGCUACAGCGGAAGAACCCAACGGCAGCUUUUGGAAUAUGGAAAGAAAGGGAGGUUGAGGAGCUUACCAUUCGAGAGGAAACAUUACCCAUCUCAGUACCAUGAACGGCAGUGCAGGUCGUCACCAGACCUCCUCUCUGAUGUAUCAAAACAAGUGGAAGAUUUGAGACUAGCGUAUGGCGGCGGAUACUACCGAACCGCGAAUGGGGUGCGAGCCUCGGAGCCCGUGCUGGACGGUAGGAGGAGGAGCUCCGCGGCCGAGGUGACGUUUGCCGCCGCGCCAGAGCCGUCCAAACCAGAGGCGGACCCCGCGUUGUUACAUCAGUCCCAGAGCAGUUCCUCUUUCCCUUUUCUUUACACGGACCCCGAUCCCAGAGACUACUUUGAGGGAAGGAGUCCUCUGAGCUCCUUCCAGCCGAGCUGUAAGUUUGCUGACAAUCACAUGAGCACACCUGCCGGCCUCACAAGUGAAGUGAGCCCAGCGAGGCGGCUGACUUACACAGAUGUGCCCUAUAUACCUUGUACUGGCCAGCAGGUCAAUAUUAUGCCUCCCCAAGUCUUUUUUUACGUGGACAGACCACCCCAGGUGCCCAGACGGUCUCCGAUCUUGGCAGAGGAAAGGGAAAGGCCAGACAGCUCUCCAGGGCCCACUGCAACGAAGCCAGCCAAAAGGAGCCCAAGGAAUGUCAGAAUGAAGAGCUUUCAGCAAGACUUUGAAGAACUCCAAGAAGCUAUGGCCGGCACCAGUGGUAGGAGCAACAUCAACAUAGAUCUGGAAGCGGAAGACCCAAAUUUAGAAGAUGCGUUUGCAUGUAACAUUCAAGAGCAAACUCCCAAACGAUCCCAGAGCCAAUCAGAUAUGAAAACAAUCCGUUUUCCUUUUGGGUCUGAAUUCAGACCUUUAGGGCCUUGUCCUACUCUGAGUCGUAAAGCUGACUUUUUCCCAUAUAUGUUUGCAGAGCAGGAGCUUCCAACAGUUUUAAUGCAUCAGGGAGCAUCAGAAAGAUACGUAGCUAGUGAAUCCAGUGAUUCAGAAUCAGAAAUUCUUAAAUCGGACUACUACUCUUUGUAUGGCAAAGGGAUAAGGUCACCCAUGGCCAGAAUCCGCUUAUCUUCUGGUAGUCUACAGCUAGAUGAAGAGGACGAAGACGUUUCUUUCAGUACACCGACUGCUGAAGACAGGACUUUGCUAAAACCGUGUAAUUACUUUUUAGCUUAGAAGUGUGAACGCCAGGAACAUUCCUGGGCCAGUUCCAUGUUGCCAACUUAGAUUAAAAAAGAAAAAAAAAAGGAACCUUCUGCACAAACCGUUUUCUUAGUUACUACUCAUUGGCAUUAAGGGAAUCUCCUGAGUUUGGGCACCGAGCUUAUGAAAGAUCCAGCUGCUGCCUCGUUCCUCAAUCUCCUCUCUUCAAGUUUCCUCUGAAGUGACUCUGGAACAUACCUUCUCGUCACCAGCACUGUUGUAGGGUGAGGUGGCCACUUAUUAUCUCCAUGAUACAUUUCUCCAUAGAGACGUUAUCAGUGAAGUUCGCGCUCUUCCACAUUGAAGAAUGAGGACAGUAUGGGUUGGCAUAUAGAAUUGUGUCCUUUAGUGAUUUAGUAGAUUGUGACUAUGUUGGUCAUUUUGUUCUUAAACCAUACUGCGACUAAAGGUUCCAGUGCAAGUGUUUCUGUGACGUGUUAAAGAUUUUGAUUUUUAUAACAUAUAUUAGGGGGAGCAUGGCCCUCUGAUGUCUCAGGAACAAGAUGGUGGCAUAUAUCCUCUCGGCAGAAUACAAGUUUGUGAUGCAUCUGGGACUGGGAAAAGUUCUCAACCUCGGAAAUUCAUGAAUUAAUUUCUAAAGCCAGAUAUAUGCCUGAUGAAGAUAUGAUGCUUGACUUAUUUCUCUAUUCUUAACUAUUACAUGUAGUGAAAGAUAAAAGUCAACAUGUUGGUUUAUCUACUUUCUCCUGCAA